CCAAACAAGUCAGCAAAGAUCCAGUCACACAGUGAGGAAAGCAGAGAAAGCGAGGCCCCAGAUCCACCGAACCGAGCGAGCAUGGCGGCGGUAGGCGGCGACGCGGUGAGCAUGGUGGCGGUGGGCCUGGUGUGGGGCGCCACGAACGCGCUGAUGCGCCGGGGCGCGCUCGUCUGGGACCGCCGCUCCCGCUCCCUUCCUGUCGGCACCGGUGCCGUCCGGCGGUGGGCCGACCUCCUGCUCACGUGGCAGUACUCGGCGCCGUUCCUCGCCAACCUCUCGGCCUCCGCCGCCUUCUUCCGCCUCCUCGGCGACUCGCCCAUCUCCGUCGCCGUGCCAGUCACCAACGCCACCACCUUCGCCGCCACCGCCGUCGCCGCCGCGCUCCUCGGGGAGGCCACCCGCAUCGCGCCCGCCGCGCUCGGCACCGCGCUCAUCGUCCUCGGCGUCUGGGUCUGCAUCGUCUAGCUCGCUAACCCUCGUCCAUUCCAACUUCCAAGGGUCCUCAUCUGUCUUCAGUAUUGUCUGUAGAAUUAGCUCGAAUUUGGUCUACUUGUGUAAAUCUGUCCGUUGAUAACAUGUGCCUUUGAUGCUGAUAUUUAGGCUGUUUCUCAUUUUGGCCUUUAGCAAUCUUGCUUAUUUCAGGCCUGGAUGGAUAGGGAACCUGGUAAUUGUAUCACAUGGUGAAGAACACACAGCAUCUCAUUUCAUCAA